UUAGACUGAUUUCACCGUUUCAGCUGCUGCUUCUGUAAAAAAAAAAAAACCCAAAGCCUUUUCUGCGUCUCGCCCCUUCAUCUAUGUGACUUUUGGGUUUGUGUACGGAGAAAAUCUUUGUUGGCUGACCAUUUGGUUUUUGGUUGUCUUCUUGGCUUCUGUUCAUCUGAAACCCAAAGUGAAAAUCUUUUGGUCUCUACUCUUUCUUCGUGCAAGGAAUCUUGAUAAAAGAGGCUUCUGCUUGCCAUCUCAAUUUCAUGAAGAACAACAAAUUUCUGAGAACUGAAGGUUAAGGACGAUUCUCUUGGACGAAAGAUUGAAGAAAAGGGUACAGUUCUUUUUGGUUAUGGAAGGUGGUAGCGGUGGUGGUGGUUUCUCGCCCAAUUCGAGCUUUGGGACAUUCCCUGAGACGGCUAUGGAUUUGGAUUUCAUGGAAGAACUCUUGUUUGAUGGAUGCUGGCUUGAGACUACAGAUGGUAAAAGCUUUAAGCAGCCAGGGCCUUCCCCUUCAAAUUCUAACUCUGUGAAGGACUCGCCUUUCCUGUUCAGGUAUCAAGAUCUGAAAAGCAGCAAUGUUGGAUUGAACCCACCUCAGAAUACCUCCAACGGCGAGACAGAAAGCAAGCUCCCUCCAUCUCCUACUUAUCUGAAGAAGAUUCAGGACCUCCAUGAAACCCAUCAAUCAAUGGAUCAAGAAUCUUUUGAUCUUGCUGCAACAAGUUCAACACAAUCAGAGAAGUUACUUGUUGAAGGGGCUGAGGCAGGAAGAAGAUGGUGGAUUUGCCCGGCUCCUUCUUCAUCAGUAAAAGACAGGCUUGUACAUGCUAUACAGCAUCUGCAAGAGGCAGUGAUAGAUAAGAAUUUCCUCAUACAGAUAUGGGUGCCAUUUCAGAAGGGAGGUAAAAACUUUCUUACCACACUGGAGCAGCCACACUUGGUCAACCCAAAGUACUUGAGCCUUCAAGAAUACAGACAUGUUUCGGAGAAAUAUAGCUUUCCAGCAGAUGAGGACUCGAAGGAAUCCGUAGGACUUCCUGGCCGUGUUUUCCUUGGGAAAUUGCCCGAGUGGACGCCUGAUGUGCGUUUCUUUAGAAGCGAAGAGUAUCCACGUAUCAAAGAGGCACAGAAGUGCGAUGUACGUGGGUCACUUGCCCUUCCUGUCUUUGAAAGAGGUAGCGGAACUUGCUUGGGUGUCGUUGAGAUUGUCACAACAACUCAAAAGAUCAAUUACCGACCAGAACUUGAGAAUAUCUGUAAAGCUCUUGAGGCCGUUGAUCUGAGGAGUUCAAGUAAUUUGAACCUUCCAAGCAUAGAGUUUCUACAGGUCUAUAAUGAAUUCUAUCAAGCAGCAUUACCUGAGAUAUCAGAGUUUUUGGUCUCGGUCUGCACUUUAUAUGAUCUGCCUCUAGCUUUAACAUGGGCACCGUGUGCUAGGCAAGGCAAAAGCGGAUGCCGGCAUUCUGAUGAGAACUACUCUCAGUGCGUUUCAACAAUUGAUUCUGCUUGCUUUGUCCCCGAUGAACAUAGCAAGAAUUUUCUGGAGGCCUGCUCCGAGCACCAUCUGCUUCAGGGGGAAGGAGUUGUAGGGAAAGCAUUCAAGAUGAACAAACGAUGUUUCGUGCCUGAUGUCACCACAUUUUCCAAGACCAACUACCCUCUUUCCCACCAUGCUAAGAUCUUUGGCCUGCAUGCUGCUUUAGCAGUUCCAGUGAAAAACAAAUACACUGGGGCAGUUGAAUUUGUGUUGGAAUUCUUCCUCCCAAAAGCCUGCAUAGAUACCGAAUCACGAAAGGAAAUGCUCAUCUUACUGUCCACGACUCUGGAGCGAGAUUUCAGGAGCUUAAAUCUCGUCGUUGACAAAGAAACAGAGGAAGAGGUCAUAUUACCUGUCAGAGACACCAUGGUCUUCUUAGAUCAUCCACUCGGUGGUGGAGAAGCAACACAGAACUUGAAAUCUUCGACUUUGACAGAAAUUUCUCGGGAAGAAUCCUCGUGGAUCUCCCAUAUGAUGGAGGCAAACCGGAAGGGAAAAGGUGUCUCUCUCUCUUGGGAGUAUCAGAAAGAAGAGCCGAAAGAAGAAUUCAAGAUGACAACUGGGUGGGAUGACAAUCAGCCUGAUCCAGACCACCAUAAUUUUCUUUCGGGAGCCGGGCAGUUUCAGCGGGGUUCAAGUUCAGGAUUCAUGAUUGAUAUUGAUCCUAGCAUCGAAUCACCUCCCUCGGGUGGGGGGCAAACAUCAGGCAAUAGAAAACCCGGUGAAAAAAGAAGAACAAAAACAGAAAAGACAAUCAGCUUGGAAAUUCUUCGACAAUACUUUGCAGGAAGCCUCAAGGAUGCAGCGAAGAGCAUUGGUGUCUGUCCAACUACUCUGAAAAGAAUAUGCAGACAACACGGGAUAACAAGAUGGCCUUCCCGGAAGAUCAAGAAGGUUGGGCACUCGUUAAAGAAACUCCAGCUCGUCAUGGACUCUGUUCAAGGCGUGCAGGGCUCUAUCCAACUCAAUUCAUUCUACACAAGCUUCCCGGAACUAAGCUCUCCAAAUAUGUCUGGUAGUGGCCUUUAUUUGAAGAGUAAUGACCAGUCAGCGCAUUUGAACACUCAACCCGAGAAUGGUGUUUCACCACAGGAAAAUGCAACUGCCCCGAGGUCCCCAUCAUCUUCGUGCAGCCAGAGCUCUGGUUCAAGCACAUGUUGUUCAACUGGAGCUAAUCAAAGUACCAACACUGCAAAUACUUCAAACACUGCAAUCCCUCUGGUGGCUGAGAAUGCAGGUGGAAUUUUGAAGAGAGCUCAUAGUGAGGCAGAACUACAUAUCGUGAAUCAGGAAGAACCGAAGGUUUUCUGGCGAACCCAGAGCCAUAAAACAUUCAACGAUCAUCCUCUUCUCGAAAACUUACCUCCACUACCAGGCAGUAGCAGAAGGAGCUUAAAAGCUGGAGGCGCUGUAAAAGUGAAAGCCACAUUCGGUGAAGCCAAGGUACGACUUAGCUUGCUCCCAGGUUGGGGCUUCAAAGAGUUGCAGCAAGAGAUUGCCCGGCGUUUUAACAUAGAUGAUAUCACCAGAUUCGACCUCAAAUAUCUGGAUGAUGAUCGUGAAUGGAUUCUUCUGACAUGUGAUGCGGAUCUCGAAGAGUGCAUCAACAUAUAUAGAUCAUACCAGAGCCACACAAUCAAGAUCAGUGUUAAUCAAGCGUUUCAAGUCAAGCUGGGAAGUUCAUUUGGUAGUGCUGCUCCUCUUUCCUGAUAAACAAUCAGGCAAGUCUGUGACUGGAAAACACCAGGAAGAUUCUAUUGAUUGCUAGUGUGUUAGAAAUCUCACUCACCAUUUUAGCCUAGGCCACAGUUUGUAAACAUCUUUACAAGUGCCCUUGAUCAUAAAUGUCAUUUUGCAAGUAACAGUAACCGGUCUGCAUUGGCUUAGUAGAUUUUUGUAUAAAAGGCUAUGCAUUCCAAAGACUUAGGUGUUGUGCUUUGUGUUUGUAUAUCAUUUAUCGUUGGGAUUCUACCAAUAAGACCUAUGUUUUUGUAUUUAU